GUAACAGCAGCAGCUUGACGGGAGUCAGAUCUCCAUCAUCUUCCUCCGGAGGAAGGACGAACAUCAGCAGUGUUUCUAGCGUUAGCACGGCGGCGGCGGCGUCAUCAUGGGGGAACUGUUCCGCUCCGAGGAGAUGACUCUGGCCCAGCUGUUCCUCCAAUCAGAGGCCGCGUACUGCUGCGUCAGCGAGCUGGGAGAACUGGGAAUGGUCCAGUUCAGAGACUUAAAUCCGGACGUGAACGUUUUCCAGAGAAAGUUCGUGAACGAAGUUCGACGAUGUGAAGAAAUGGAUCGGAAACUGAGGUUCGUGGAGAAGGAGAUCAGGAAGGCUUCCCUCCCCCUCAUGGACACCGGAGAAAACCCGGAGGUUCCGUUUCCCCGAGACAUGAUCGACCUGGAGGCCUCCUUUGAGAAGCUGGAGAACGAGCUGAAGGAAAUCAACACCAACCAGGAAGCUCUGAAGAAAAACUUCCUGGAGCUGACGGAGCUGAAGCACAUCCUGCACCGCACGCAGCAGUUCUUUGAUGAGAUGGAGGAUCCAAACCUUCUGGAAGAAUCCUCAGCUCUGAUGGAAGGAAACGAAGGAGGACGAGGAGCCCCGCUACGCCUGGGGUUCGUUGCCGGGGUGAUCGGCCGCGAGAGGAUCCCCACCUUCGAGCGGAUGCUGUGGAGAGUUUGCCGCGGGAACGUCUUCCUGAGGAAGGCGGAGAUCGAGGACCCGCUGGAGGACCCGGCUACGGGGGACCAGGUCCACAAGUCCGUCUUCAUCAUCUUCUUCCAGGGAGACCAGCUGAAGAACCGGGUGAAGAAGAUCUGUGAGGGGUUCCGGGCCUCCCUCUAUCCGUGUCCGGAGACGCCUCAGGAGAGGAAGGAGAUGCUGGCGGGAGUCAACAGUCGUAUCGACGACCUGCAGAUGGUCCUGAACCAGACGGAGGAUCACCGCCAGCGGGUCCUCCAGGCCGCCUCCAAGACCAUGCGGGUCUGGUUCAUCAAGGUGAGGAAGAUGAAGGCCAUUUACCACACGCUGAACCUCUGCAACAUCGACGUCACGCAGAAGUGUCUGAUCGCAGAGGUCUGGUGCCCGGUGUCGGACCUGGACUCCAUCCAGUUCGCCCUGCGGAGAGGAACGGAGAGGAGCGGCUCCACCGUCCCCUCCAUCCUCAACAGGAUGCAGACCAAACAGACCCCGCCCACUUUCAACAAGACCAACAAGUUCACGUCGGGAUUCCAGAACAUCGUGGACGCCUACGGCAUCGGGAACUACCGGGAGAUCAACCCAGCUCCCUACACCAUCAUCACCUUCCCCUUCCUGUUUGCCGUCAUGUUCGGGGACAUGGGCCACGGGCUGCUCAUGACCUGCGCCGCGCUGUACCUGGUGCUGCGGGAGAGCCGGCUGGUAGCGCAGAAGAGCGACAACGAGAUGUUUAGCAUGGUGUUCGCCGGCCGCUACAUCAUCCUGCUAAUGGGCGUGUUCUCCGUCUACACCGGCCUGAUCUACAACGACUGUUUCUCCAAAUCCCUGAACAUGUUCGGCUCCGGCUGGAGCGUCCGGCCCAUGUACGGCCCGCGGGGCGCUAACUGGACGGCCGAGACGCUGGACGGGAACUCCGUCCUCCAGUUGGACCCGGCGGUCCCGGGCGUCUUCGGGGGACCGUACCCGCUGGGAAUCGACCCGAUCUGGAACUUGGCCACCAACAAGCUGACGUUCCUGAACUCCUUCAAGAUGAAGAUGUCGGUGAUUCUGGGCGUCGUCCACAUGCUGUUCGGCGUCUCGCUGAGUCUCUUCAACCACCUGUACUUCAAGAAGCCCCUGAACAUCUUCCUGGGCUUCAUCCCAGAGAUCGUGUUCAUGGCUAGCCUGUUCGGCUACCUAGCGCUGCUGGUCUUCUACAAGUGGACGGCGUACGACGCCUUUAGCUCCCGCGAGGCCCCGAGUCUGCUGAUCCACUUCAUCAACAUGUGUCUGUUCAACUACGGAGACCCGACCAACCGCAUGCUGUACCGGGGACAGAUGGGGAUCCAGGUUCUGCUGGUGCUGGUAGCGCUAGCAUGUGUCCCCUGUAUGCUAGUGGUGAAAACGCUGGUGCUCCGGCGGCAGCACCUGUGGAAGAAGCACCUGUCCCAGACGAGGGAAGAGCCAGCAGAGCUAGCGCAGACUUUAGCCCGAACUGCGUCCUCAUCAUCAGGAAUCGUCCAACAGGGCAGCCAGAAGUUCGGGGGCGUCCGGGUCGGGAACGGUCCCACGGAGGACGAGGCUGGAAUCAUGGACCACGACCAGCUCUCGCAGCACUCCGAGGACGGGGACGAGCACGCAGAGGAAGAGCCGUUUGACUUUGGGGACGUAGCGGUUCACCAGGCCAUCCACACCAUCGAGUACUGUCUGGGCUGCAUCUCCAACACGGCGUCGUACCUGCGGCUGUGGGCGCUGAGCCUGGCGCACGCACAACUGUCGGAGGUUCUGUGGGGGAUGGUCAUGCACCUCGGUUUGGCCUCCAGCAGCGGCGGCGGCUUCUUCGGCCUGUCAAUCAUCUUCGCCGCCUUCGCUACGCUAACGGUAGCGAUUCUGCUGGUGAUGGAGGGAUUGUCUGCGUUUCUGCACGCGCUGCGGCUGCACUGGGUGGAGUUCCAGAACAAGUUCUACUCGGGUCAAGGGUUCAAGUUCGUCCCGUUUUCCUUCGAGAGCAUCCUGGAGGGGAAGUUUGACGAGUAGCUGGGGGGCCCGUUGGCCCCCCCAGGACCCCCCCAGGACCCCAGGCCCCCCAGGGCCUUCCCUCCCUCUGUGAAGUGUCUAGUGUGCAUGAGUCCCCGUGGCCCCCCCAGGGCCCCCCUAGUGGUGACACGUGAUCAUUACCUGCUGGAGUUUUCAUGUUUCUCUAAACGUCACAUAUGGAGGAUUCUUUGUGCCAAAAUUAAAUUAAUACAUCAUUAAUUAAUGAAAUGUGUAAUUAAUUAAUUCAUUAAAUUUGUCAUUAAUUAAUUAAAAUUGUAAAAUGGGUUUGGCUAAAUACAAUCUUUGACUAAAACUAGACUAAAAUGGCCCUGGACAUUUUUUUGUGCCAAAUAAAUAAAUAAAUAAAUAAAUACAUAAUGAAUUAAUUAAUUAAUUAAAUGUGUCAUUAAUUAAUUACAAUGGGAAUUAAAUAUGACAUUCAU